UUUUGGUUCGGUUUGAAAAGGAAGCAGAGACUCCUAUAAUUAACAUACGUAAGAUAGAAAAAUUCAUAACAGUCUCGUAUCGUUUUUCGAUAUCUCACCCCUAAGCCCAGGGCAUCUGCUGAUAUUUCCCGCCGCGUUUCGACGCGGGUGGAACGCUCGUUUUGAAUUUUGGAGUGGAGAGACAAUUCUAACGUCCUCUAGCGUUGAGAAGAGAUAGGGCAUCUACUGGCAUCUACUCUCAACGCCCCCCACGGAUGGCUGUCACUUCACUACUGUCAUAACAUAUCACCGUGGCGUCGUCUGCUCCUGAUUGUUUUUUCAAAUGUUAUAUAAACAAUUCUUUUUAAUUGUAUCACAAUGAUUGUGUCGACUCUUAAAUUUACAGGAGAAUUCUUGAUAUGAUAAUGAUUUACAUUCCUCAUUGUUAUGGCAGUCCUACACAGAGCGCUGUUCACAUGGUUUAAUCUACUUAUAUUCCUCAUAUUGUUGGUGUUGAGAUUGGAUCUUAGAAUACAAUGGAAUUGGUUCAUCGUCUUCAUACCACUAUGGGUAUACGACAAUAUACUAUUAAUCUAUAUAGUAUUCAACAUGAUAUCUCACUGUAAAAAUGCUCACGAUCGUGCCAGCAGUUUGCGUCGUAAGGCUUGGUAUAUGACUGCUGUUCUUACCAAGUUGAGUGGCCAAGUCUUGAUCUGCCUUAAACUGGAAGCAGUACAAUGGGGGCUUCCAGCCAAAGCUGUUCUCGCACCUUUCUGGUUACUGCUACCUGCUUUGGUCUGCGACGUUUUCGCACAUCUCAUUCAACAAUCAAGAUAUUAAUUGAGCUCGAACAACUUAUUGAAUCUUCAACCUAUAACCACUUUAAAUAAAUUAUUUUAUACCUAUAAAA